AUGCAUAGAGUAGAAGUAGCUGACGAGGAGUUGAACCAGCUCAGACGAUUGAUCGCCGGGGAUCCCAAUUUGAUAAAACCAGAGAGCUUAGUAGAAACCUUCUCGACUUUAUUUGAAAGUUCCGAAGAGGCUGGUGAUUUCAGUUAAGUAUAAGAUUUCAGAGAACCGAGAUGAACGAAUUUUCCUAGAAGCAGCUCAGUUGCUGGCCAACUACUACAGGAAAUCUUCCACGUACAUAAGAUGCAAAAUCAACUGCUGUGUGAGUUUUUUGGGCAUUCCUCUGAAAGGGUUCAGUUUAAAUUCAAAAUUAAAUUUCAGCUAGCCAAGGCGAAUCCAAUAGGACGAGUAUAUUUUUGCAAUCAGUUCUUCUCUAUGACCGACGUUCACGUUCCACGAUCUUUGAUUCUAUCUCAUGUACAGAUGGAAAAGUUUUUGGCAGUUUCAAAUGAAAGUGCAGGUUUGCUGAAGAUUUUCAAUGGUGGAAAAUUCAUAUUUUUCAGUUUUUCCGUCUCAAGUGUACGCUUUUGGAACGAAUCGAACUUUAAACUUGGGGGUCAUUUCUGAUGGAAGACCGGUUAUUGAACCUAAAACUGUGAAUAUUGAGACGGUUAGUCUGCAAUUUCGUACAUUUUGUCAAAAUCUCAAGGCGAAGAACCGUUUUUUGGCCUUUUAAGACUGACUCUAUAAUUCAAGUUUCACAGGUGGUGAAAAUAUCGAUGUCGAACAGUCACACGCUGUUUUUAACAGUUUCCGGGCAAGUCUACGGCUGCGGAAAUACAGCCGACAGUCGCUUAGGCGGCGGAGAAAAUCGGGAAAAAGGCUUCGUUAUGACUCCGUUGAAAAUCGACUUGCCAGCAGCAGCUAAUGAGGUAUUCCUUACAAGGAAAGUCAUUUCACUUUGUGCUUGGGAAUCUCCUGGAAGUUGACGAGUGCACUUCUUGACGGACCGGAAAAGUAUUUUAAAAGUUUCGAUCUGCACAAAUUUAUAGUUUUUGAUAAAUAACAUCUCAAACCAAAAAAAAAUUAUUAAAACCGUGAAAAUGGAUGAAAACUUGACGUCUUACCUCUCGAAAACUGGAAGGUUUUGCAGUUCGAGACUUUCGGGAUCUUUCUUUUCCAGGCGUAUUCUGGCCGAUUUCGGGGGAAAUUCCCAACCUCAAAGUAACCUUCCUUGUUUCAUUUAACUGCUGGAAUAGUUUAACAAAACGUUUUUCCAUGAAGAUUGUACUCGACAUCUGGGCAGGAGAUACUUACUCAAUGAUACUAACCAAAGGAUUGGUUUGUUAUUAAACUUUUUUUAAAAUUUUUUUCGACUUUUUGAUUUUAGCUUCAUCUUUUUGGCAAAUGUGAGCGUUUGGAUGCCUGUGGGUCUAAAAUUUCUACGAAUUAUUCUGUUUACAAGUAUUUUGACGGUUUUAAUGCGGUACUGAAUUUUGUUCGGUUAUUUUAUAAGUUGUUCGAUCAGAUCACCAGGAGCGAGGACGGCACGGUGUCUUUCCGAAACGUUCGAGGUAUCGUUUGUGGGUCAAAAAGAUAUUCUUACUAUGUUUUCUGAGUGAUGAUCAGAAUAGAAAGUAACACCGCGGAAGCUUCUGAAAAUUUUAAUUACUGAAUUUAGAAAUUUUUUUUUGCUUUCCUCCAAUAACAUUUUUGUCAUAUACAUUUCUUAUGAUAUUUCAGCUUAUUUCCUUUGAGUUUCUAAAGAUCAACAUCACUUUUAAAAAGUCAAUAAAAGCUGCAUCCUUUUUUAACAGGUCUGAGCUUUUUUUAAAAAUUUUAAAAACUUUUGGAUUUCUUUUUACUUUUUUUUUGAAAAAAAAACCGGUUUUUUUUUUCAUUUCUCCUCAACGAUUUUCUAUGUUCAUCAUUUUUUCGAAACAAUAUCCGCUUUUAUAGUCUGUGUAUUACGACUUGGAAUUUCGCCGAACGACAUUCCGCUGCGUGCUCGGCCGCGCGCCUUUAAAUUUUGAUUUUAAUAACUCGACCAACACGUGCUCCUAGUGGGACAGUCCAUCUUUCAGAAAUUAGAACCAAUUCAAAGCGAGACCGAGGCUCGCACAAAAACGCUUCGCGACGCAGCGGAACAGCGGAAUGUCGUUCGGUAAUGUUUCAAGUCGUGGCACACAUACUAAAAUAGGUUCUUUCAGAAUUACAGCUUGAGGCGUAUGAGUUUAUCUUUUUGACCGAUACCCUCUUCACGGUAUCGAAGUAUGUUUUCAAAAUGUUCUUUCUCAGGCGACCUCGAUUAUGAGAUAGAUCGCAGUAAACGAUUUUUUGAGAGUCCAAUGAGGGCACCCCCAAUUUGGAAAAUAAUCAAAACGACCAUUUCAAUAGAUGAUCAGCCGUUGGAGGUUGCAAAAAAGGCGCUAAUUCCAGGAUUUCCUGAGUUUGCAGAUAACCUUGUCUCUUGUGCACGGAGUUUUGAAGUGGAGGUACGGGUCCAUCGGAGAUAAUGUCGUUUUGAACGUCACUGGACACUUUUUGCAAAAAAGCCACAUUAUCGAUUACAAUGUGGAUUCUAAAGGUUCAAACUUCUGAUUUCUUCUGCUAAUCUGGAAUUCUCAAAAAGGGUGCUAGAAAAAAAGAAAAAUCCAAAAUUUUCGAAAAGUUUUGAACGUGUUCUUUUGGGCUUUUGCCUUCACUCCUGUUCGUCUUUUGGGGAUAUUGAUCUUUCAUAUAAUAUUAUUUAUUUACAGACGGAAAAAAAUAACAUGUACAAAAACAGAAGGAAAAAUUGGCAUUUAGGCCUGAAAUAAAUAAAUAAAAGACACUUGAGGCCCUCACGAGCCUCUGAGCCAGUAAUGAAAGAUGAUGAGGUAAGAAUAAGAAGCGAGGAUUGCACAAAAGUGAAAAAAUAAAUAGAAAAGAAAGCAUUAUAAAUUAUGACACAGUGUAGUACACGUAAAAGGGGAAUUUAAUUGGUUGUAAUGAUAUAGACACGCAUUAGAUGGAUUAGAGUAGGGAUGAAGCACGGGAACCUGGUUUAACGGAGUCUGCUGGGAAUAGAUCCAAAAAGGAAAUUGUUAUCGAGGGAUAGUAACAAAGACCUGAGACGAUCUGGAGAAACAUUGAGGUUUCCCAGUGUAGCCGGUUUAUUCCAAAGAGGGAUGAACGUCUCAAAGAAAUUGUCGAAACGAAUCCCUACUCUGACAAGACGUGAUGGAGCACGUACGGAAUUUGAUCUCCUGAAAAUACUGUGAGCAACUGGCAGACUUUCCUUAAUAUAAAUUUUAUGUAGUGUUCUUAGACAAAGUUCGACUCUUCUUCUAAAAAGAGAGUUUGUGUUAAUUUGAGCUAACCUAUCUUCAUAACUAGAAAACCUAAUGUUUGAUCUCAUGAAUGUUAGACGAGUGAAUUGACGGAAGAUGUUUUCGAGAGUGUAAGAUAGUUCUGAAGCUAGGAGGGGGCUGAAAAAAACUCACAACAGUAGUCCAUAUAGGGAGCAACGUGAGUAAGAAAAAUCCGGCUCAUUAGAGGGAGACAAGGCGCGGAACGCUCUGAUGAUUUGUUUACUUUUUAGUUUGCAUAAGGCUACAAACAGAUUCAUCUUUUCAAGAAGAAGAAAUCAUAAAAAAUUUUGUUCGCUUUCUUAACUAUUUCCAGUUGUAACAAUAUUUUCUAGGAAUCAUCUGGAUUCUGCUGGAUAAAAUGGGACUCUACCGAGGUCGCUUGCGCGCUUUCGAGAAAUUGAAUGAAGGUUUUUAUAUGAAAACUUUAAAAAGCAACAGAAGAAACCAACGCAUCGCUGAACAUGCCGUUUUUGCCUUAUUGGAGGUUUUCAAAUGUUUGAGGCUUCUCGAUAAGUUUCCUGCUUCAGGAAAUCCCUGGGACUUGGGGAGUCGAUUGUUUCGGGCUUUCACCGGACGGAUGUAACUGCAUUUUUCAGGUAUCGCGUUUUGAAAAGGUCUCAUUGUGUCUACCGAAGUUGAGCCUUGUAGUUCCAGGUCUCUCUCAACUAACGUCUUUUGGGUCCCGUUUAGAGUUCUGAUGAAACUUGGCGGGAAUUCAGGGAAUUCCAGAAAACGAGAAAAAAAGCCCGCCAAGAAUUUUUUUUUGCGAGAGGUUUCAAGCUUCUUAACCCGGAAACAAGAUUUUUUGCCAAAAAUAUUUCUUAAACUCUGAAAUCAGAAGGCUCUGAAGUAUACUUGAGCCAAGUUUCAUUAAAAGUUCAAAGGUGGGCCAACAAGUUUCCUAGUAAGAAUAAGAAAAUCAUUAAAAGGAAAGAGCUUCAAGUUUACAUCAAAUGUAAUCCGAGUUUUUGUACUACGAGGUAGCUUCCAAAGUGAACGACUUCAGAACGAGAAUAAUUUUCUGUUGAGGUGGCCGAGAAUAUCGAAGUAAGCCUGUUGAUAAAGCAUGGAAAAAAUUUUAAAUUGCUUUUCAUCGAACUUUAUGAUAAACUACCCUUUUUUCUCAUCGUUAGGUCUUCUAUUGAAGUUUCUUUCAACUCGAAACAAAAAACGUAUUUCCUUCCAUGUUAGCUUUUUCUGUACAUUUUUGACAGAAGUCAGAUCGUUCCGACCCACUUUGCCUUGGCUAUUGGUUCUAUGUAGGAGUGAAGUCUGCAUAGAUUGAAUUUAUUUUGCCUUAUAAACUCGUGCAAAAUCAAAGUUUCGGUUUAAAAAUUUUCUCUACAAUUUGAAAAUCUAGAGAAAUCUAGAGCUGAACAACUAUUUAUUUCAGAUCGGCAGUUUGGGUAGAAAGGAAAUGUCGAAAAUCGAGUGGGACAAGGAAAGUUUCGCGGCAACAGAUUCGUACGACUCAGUCCUGGGGGAGAUCGAGCAGAGAACGAACCGAUCGGUCCGACCUUCACGUGUUCUUUUGUCUAUACAGAUCAAUGGAACGAGGGACCGUCUCGCAGAAAUCCACAGCAAGUUCAGUAGCAACCAACUGCAGAUGACUGAAGGUUGCCGAUCAAAGUCGCCAGGGUGUAAUGAGAGGUCUUAGAUCACACGGUGAUCGCAUUUGAUCUACGAAAUCGUGUCGCCUUUCUUUUCUGGCUGUUGGACCUGGAAAAUGGAUCUGAGCCUGCGCGACUUGUCGAGAAUAUUUCCCCUCCGGAGACCAAUUUCGAAGAGUUUAUCGAUGCGAGGAUCAGAAAGCUCGAGAAAAAGUUCAUGCAGCUCUACCCUGACUACAAUUUACGAUACUAUUACAGGAGUUGGUUUUUGGGCAUUUGAUAUAGUUUUUGAUGUGAAUAAUUAUUUCACCUAAAAUCUCAGUUUUUUAUAUUAUACUUCCAAUAUUAAAAACUAAAUCGAAGAUAAGAAUAAAUUAAUCGGCUAAAAAAAUAAGUCAUUUAUUGUCGCUGUUUCGAAUUUCGAACAAAAAAAUUAUCGAAAGUUUGCUUCGAAGAUUUAAAUCCUCCAGAGUCUCCCCCUGCCUGUGCAUUCUAACCUUUAGAACUACGACUUUGAAGCUAAAAAUUCACCACAAACACUGGUGUAAGUCGGCUCGGCUUGGCCAUGCCGGGACCCCAUCGGUAGUUUCGAUGUGGUCGAAGAAAAAUAGAUUAUAAUAUUAAAUAUUCAUUAGCUACAAAUAAUAUAAUUAGAAUAAAAUAUAUAAAUAUCGAGAUAAUGGGCCCAGGCCGGGAGACUUCGACCCAGCUGAAGAUCGUCCCUGCCUUUUAUAGGUAGAAGGCUGUCUUCCCCUGCGUCUCUUGCCUCUGCCAGGGGCAUUACUUCACACUGGUCUGAAACUGAUGAAUUUGAAGUUUGGAUGAAAGUUUGCAGCUAACCACUAUUUGGAAUUUUAAACUAGACCUUGAGAGAUUGUUUGAGAAAAUUAUUACGAAAUUCCCAACCGCAAACUUGAAUGACCUCCCUUUCAUGGAGAAAAAGUCCGCCAAAAAAUUCAGUAAAAGCUAAAAACUUUCUAUCGCAUUUAAAAAAAUUAAAAAAAUUGUAAAGGAAGAUCUCAUUACGAGCAAAACGACAAAAAAACUUUUUUUCCAUCAAAAAAUUCGAGAAAAAAAAAGUUUUAGUCUUUAUCUGUUCGGUCCUCGAUAUCUUUUAUAAUAAGCGAAUACUAUUUUUUUUUUUCUAACUUUUUUGCUUUAAGACGACUUUACAUUAAAUUUUUAGAAAAAGACGCGAUGAAAGUCUCAGUUGGAAAUUUUUUUAGUUAGAUUCAUUCUAGUUUCCAUUCACUUAUAUUUUUUUUGAACAUGCAUAUGAAAAACUGAUUUUAAAGAAAAAUAGCGAGUUUGGGUUUCUUGAUUAAUCAUUUACUUCUUUCUUUUGAACAUUUCAGCCUCAUUUAUUUUGCUUGAGUCAUUCUAAUUGAAAGGGCUUUUAUGCUUCUUAGAUGUGUUUGUAAAAUAUUACAUGAGCAUUCGAAAUAAUAAUUCAAUUAUUUCAGUUGCAAUAAUUAUGAUGAAAGAGUUGCAUCAAAAGCGCUCAUCCGAAUCUCGGGAAUUUGAUAGUGUUCCCUAUUCGAAGGCGUUUUUCAAAAGAGAUUUAUUUCUGGAAAAGUUAUUAAAAAAUAUUUCGUUUUUAAAAGAGUCUCUAGGGAUGAUGGUUAUCUUUUUAAAAUGUUUAAUGGUACUCACAUUUUUCAUAUCGGGUAUACGAUAACCGGGCCGCGAAAAUCGAGCCUCCAUUUCUGCACUAUUUAUUUUUCUCUUAUCGUCUCGCCCUGUAGAAAUGGCGGCUCGAUUUUCGCAGCCCGAUUAUCAUAUACCCUUUAUAUCUUUCUAUUCUUCAGGAGCGUCCAUGAGUUCGCUCGUAUCGCAUAUAAAGGCGAAUAGUGCUAUUUCAAAGUGUGGAGUCGGGUUCGAAGAUGCGUUUCCGGAGGGGAACAUCGGUCGCCUCAUCAUGCUGCCGGUUCUGUACAUACCGCCGCCGCGCAUCAUCCCAGAUACCCCAAACGAGACCGGUAUUUCUUAUUCUCCACAUCUGACACAAUAAAGUAUCAAUUUAGGCGUCUGUCUGUCUUUUUUGGAAGCUUGCAUAAGAGUUGCGAACAAUUUCUUCCUCUUCUGCGCGGAUUCCGAACCGCAGCGCCUUUAUGACCUUUUUUUUGACAAGCAAGUUGAAAAUUUCUUUCCAGAUAUUUGAAAAAUUACACCUGACAGAAUAGUUGUUAUCAAAGUUGGCUCUUCUUAUAGACCAGAAGCAUUCCAACUCUUGAUUCUAGCUAUUCUUCUCUUCGCAUUACUUAAAUUAAAAAGGAAAAAGUAUAAGAGUUUGCGAAAAUCAUCGAGCCGAUAAGAUGCGGUUUUUUGUCUACAAUUGAAAUUUUCACGCUGCUUUGUUUUAGACCCAACUUUUGGAUUGAAUUGUCUAGUUGUUCUUCAGAAUACGAUACUAUUUCGAAAUGUUGAAUUCCAUUUUGGAUGAUCUGGAGAACGACAUAGAAGGAUAUCAUUUGAAAGUGGGAGCGAGAUUCGAAAAAAUCGAUAAGAAUAUCAAGCCAGUUGUUCUUCGAACUGGAUUUCGCCUGGCCAAUGUACAGUUUAUGCUUUUUUAUUUUUCAGAACAUCCCAUUUCAAUAUCACGUUGGGAUUAUUAUUAAAACAAAGUCUGGUUUGUAGAAGUUUCCGAAGGAACAUUAUUUACAGAUAGAAAAAAUUUGGAAAGAGCGAGUCGAAGAGGGUCGUUUCACAGCAGCAGAAUUCCCGCUUGAUUGCGAGGUUUUUAUCUGAUAAUUUAUUUCAGUUCACUUUAUCCUUGAAGAUUUUCUGCAACCUGACAGAUAGAGACAUUAUGAGAAUUUUCACGAGCUCUAAAAUUUUGAAACUUUCCUUCCCCGAAGUCGACAGCUUCAUGGAAAAUGGCAAAUUGGACCUGUCCACGGUUAUUUGAAUGUACAAUUUUUUCAAUUGAAGGAAUUAUCUUUAAGCUUUCGAAGUCGGAGGAUGCGGAAUUCCGCGGUCUUAUCGCGGCUUUGGUGUACAAUUUUCUCGUUCACCGUCACCAAAAGUUUUUCAAAUGUACCAAUAUGUUGAGAAACUUCCUUUCUACUCUUUCCCUGUUCUCUUUCAGUGUUGAGAAAAAGAGGUUUGGACGGAGGAUCUGUAAAAGCCAAUUCACCAUCCCUCUACAAAUACGCUUCUUAUGAUGAGAUCGAAAUGUUUUUCCGUAAAUUCGGGCUCAGACUAGUCGCCGUUCAGUUAGUUGACUGUCAUGUGCCGUUCUCCCCGAUUCGAAACGCUAAAAAAAAGGUCUCACAAGUAAAAUAAUUUAUUCAAAAGUUCGUGAGAAGUCAAGUCUUGGGUGUAGGGUAAUCCUGAGAUUUAGUACUUAAAAAUUAUAUCAAGCGCAAAAUUACCCUAAAGCGACACAAGAUAAAAAAAAUUUUUACAAAAAGGUAGGUUUUAGCUUUUUCCAACGUAGUUUUGCCUUUUCUCGUUACUGCAGAUUGUCAGAGAAUAUUUUCUUUCUCGAGUACUCUUACCUAAAGUGACCUCCGUAAAACUUUUAAGUUUUUUGGAAAUUUUCUUAAUUGGUCUCUGGAAACUUCUCAUCGUUACCUGAGCAGUUUUUUUUUUUAACUUUUUGACUUUUAAACUUCCUGUUUAACGAAUUCGCAGCCUUCAGAAAAGCUUUGGUCAAUAGUUAAGCUAAAUUCAUGAGUUCUACAAAAACGAAAUCACUUGUGAGUCUCAAAGAUUGGUGGUAUGAAAGGAAAGCCAGCAAAUUUUCGAACGGCGAUUUUUUCAUAUCGCUAGGGAAUUUUCCGACGGCCACCCUCCCGACAAAAUCCUUUCCGACUUUUUUCCCUCAUAUUUUUCGGUUUAUAAAACAUCGAUUAAAAUUUUUUCCUAUUUCUUUGUGUUUUAGUCAUGAACCAACUACCUACUUUAUAUAGAACGCUUUAAAACGAAGAGUUUAUCGAGAAACGUCGGAAAAAGAUUCGUCGGAAAGGUGGCCGUCCGAAAGUUCCGCAGCGAUACGGAAAAAUCGGAUCGGAAAAGUCGCCGUUUUAAUUAUCGCUGAUCUUUUUUUCAUACCACCCAAAGAUUUCCUCUGCAUCAAUUAAGCGUUUCAAAUUGCGGAUAACGGAAUAUCUUUUUCUAAAGUUUUUUUUAUCGAUUAUUUUAGGUAUAAAGAUCUGGAGAUAGGCUAUUGUUUGAUGUAUGAUCGAGAGGAAACUCUGUUCGUUUCGCCGUCUGAUGGGCCUUCGGAAGUUUGGAAUCUGAUAAGCAGCGACGGCGUGAAGAUUCCUUGCUCGAAGUGAUUGCCGAGAAAUUGGAUCUGAGAGUUCAACCGUUCAGAUAUCUCCUGAUGCUCCAUUCGGCUUCUUUGAUCGCUAAAGUCAACUUCGAUCAAAUGACCAAAGAAGUGCAAUUCGGCGGAGGAAGCGAAGAAGAAGUAUUCAUCGACGUCGACCAGCCUGAAGAAGUCGUCAAAAACGCCCUCACCGGUCUUGUCGCUCCAACUUCUUUGCGCAAGCUGACGUCCGAACAAGUACUUUCACAAUUCAACGUCAAAAAUACUUUGUUUUUCCGCAGCUGGUCAAUGUCAUCAUUUUCUACGACUUCCAUUUGAUGCUCGAAGCCAAGGACGACGCCAUUGAUACGAUUUUCGAAACAGGUUGAUAGAUUGAGUAUAUCAUUAGAAGGAGUAAAGUGUUGAGGAAAUUUGAUUAGUUCUAGAGAUUUUUUAUGAAAUAAAACAAGCAAUUCUUAAAGCGCUUCCUUACAAUCAUUUGAUAGAGUGGGAAAUCGAGAGUGACCGUUAAAUGGUUAUUCAACUUGGUUUCAAUUUUUCUUUUAAAUCUAGAAUAUUCACAAAAUUAGUAUAUACAAAUUGCUUGGUCUCGCAUUUUAUAUAUUCAAGUUUUUUCAUUGGACAUUUUUCCCGUCUUUGCAAAAAUGUCAAGCCUUUUAGCCACCAUCCACUGGCUUAUGAAGUCUUACGACGUUCUGCAAAAUUUGAUGAGUAUGGAUGAAGAUUUUGGCUCUCGGUUCGAAAAACAUCCGCAUUUGGCCAUUUAUUUACGCGAUUCCCAUGAACUUCCAUUUCAAUGGAUUAAAAGGUUGCCCAUACAACUUUUGGAUUAUUUGGAAGGGAAAUGGAUAUUCAGAGCUACGACAGCCGUUUACACAGAGAAAGAGACUCACGUGCUGGAUUUUUCUCGAACCAUUGCAAAUUGGAGAAUCUACAAAGGCGAUGGCCUCAUGCAACUUCUCUUCGAUGGAAAAACGAAACCGGAAAUUGAUCCGACUGUGUUCCUAGACUUUUUAGUGAGCUCGAUCUUGUAUUUUGGAGUUGUCAAUUGAUUUGAAGGAGGAUUACGGUCAUGAGUUGAAGAUCAGCGAAAAAUUCUCGCAAAAGGUUUUUUUCUGUCUUUUUCCUUGUUGAUUCAAAAAAAGUUUAGCCUGAAACAAGUCCACCUCCAUCGACAUCUGGGACCAGCAGAAUCAGGACAACUUCAGAAGUGAACUUUUUCGAAAUGGAAUCAUCGAAUGUUUCCCUUUUGCAGGCCUCACAUAGCCUUCCAUCCACGAAAAGAGAAAGAGAGAAAACUGUAUCUGAAUCUGUUAGUUUUAUUUUGAAAUUCGAUAAAACUCAACGAUGAUCAGGUUGCAAGGACGAAUGAAGACCAUCAAGAAAAGAUUUUGGAGAAUACUGUUUCGACUUUGGAAUUAUCGAGUCCUAAAAAAGAAUUGAAAAGAGAGGUAUCCUUCAAAUGUAACGAUCUGGCAUGCAUCGAGGCGUGAAAGUCGGUUUUUCUUCGACCAGCAAUUUUGUAUUGUACUUUCCUUUAGCUGGGCGCGCAAGUCCUUUUUUGGUCGCUUUUUAAAAGAAGCAUAACGAGCCAUUCCACGGAAAAAAAAGAGAAUUUUUGAAUUUGAGGCUUCUUCUCCAGUCGAUAUGGUCUCUCCAAGGUUGGCGUCAUCUCCCAGCCUCGACGACUUCCGUAAAUCUCAAGGAAAAAAAUUUUUCAAAACUAAUCAUUUUAGCUGUCGCUUCGACCAGUUCUCCUUCUUCUUCGACUCUCAAAAAUAAGAAGUUUUAUCUCAAAGGCGCGAAGUUCUUCAGAGCGAAUCAAAUGCUUCAGCCGGCAUCUCCGAAAAACGCCUGGUUUGUUCGAAAAUCCAAAGAAAUUUGGAGAAAGAACAGUUUUUUGUUGCGGGAAGAUUCACAAACAAGAAAAAAAAAAUGUUUUUCCAAAACAUAAGCUUCUGUAUGAUUCAAGAACAAUAGAAGCUAGAAACUUAUUUUAUUGUUGAAUUUUUGAGAAUAGUUCUAUUUUAGGCUGUUAUAAAUCAUUGAAAAGUAUUUCAGGGGUUUUAGCAAAGAGAAAAAAGGAUCUGGUUUGGAAUCAGAAAGCUCGAAAGAUCCUCAAGUAGUUGAAAUUACAGAAAAAUUUUUCUUUUUUCUUUACAUUCGAUAACUUUUUUUAAAUUGAUGCGCAACGUGGUUGAGCCUUUCCAAAUGCAACCAAAUCGUUUUCAAACGUCAAAAUUAUAUCAAUUUCUUCUUAGGAGUGUCGAAAAUUCCCCGGCAGGCAGCAGUAAAAGCAAUCCGACCAUUGAUUCAAACGCGGUACGAUUUCGAUACUCAUCCAAUUCAAUUCAAACUUUUCAGCCUGUUGCAAAGUCUCCAACAAUCAGUUUCAAAGAAAUCAUUGACGAGCAAACGAGAAAACAGAAGAAUCGAAGUUCAUUUUUUUUUAAUCGAGAAAGCCAAGUGUAUUAACUCAGAUGUUCGAAAAGCCGUUCCCCUGGAGGAUAUUGAGAAGGAAACUAUGGCGAAAGAUGAGAUUUUGGAGACUUAUAAGCAAGGAUUCAACCGUGAGGCUGCUGUUUCGGUGCGUUUUUUUUUCUGAGAUUGAGUUUAGAAUAAAAUUAUUUUCUCUUUUUGUGAAAUUUUCGAAAGUUUCUUAUUUUAUCAGUUCAGGUCGACGUCGUCGAACGAAAGGACGAUGAUCAGGAAGACGAAGAGCCGGAAUGGGUCGAUGCUCCGGCUUCCUUUAGAAAAUAA